AUGAAUUCGAGCAUGAAUAUUAUAGCUGCUCUCUUUUUCACCACCGGUGGUAACACUGCCGACACCACCGGUGGUGCCGCUGCCAACACCACAGGUGCUGCCACUGACGCCACCUGUGGUAACGCUGCCGACACCACAGGUGCUGCCACUGACGCCACCGGCGGUAACGCUGCCGACGCCACCGGUGGUGCCAUUGCCGACACCACAGGUGCUGCCACUGACGCCACCUGUGGUAACGCUGCCGACACCACAGGUGCUGCCACUGACGCCACCGGCGGUAACGCUGCCGACGCCACCGGUGGUGCCAUUGCUGACACCACAGGUGCUGCCGCUGACGCCACCUGUGGCAACGCUGCCCCAGAUGCCACCUGUGGUGUCGCUGCCGACGCCACAGCUGCUGCCGCCGCUAGUGGCAGCUCCAGCCGUACCACUAACUUGAUCGGCGCGUGCACUGGCAGUUUAAUUAGUGCUGGAAUGAAGCAUUGCAUCAAAUUACCAAUUUAUUGGUCACCAUUUGAACACCACGGCCACCAUUAUCGCUACAAAAUAUAUUGUCCACAUAACCAUAGAUCACCACCGCCGCCGUUGCCGUCUUUGCCUCCAACACCAGCUAUAGAAGCUCCUCCUCCUCCGGUACCAAUUUUUCCUCCUCUAACGACACCAACAGAAUCACCUACACCAGCGCCACCAAUCGCCACUCCUUCUCCGGCAUCAAUAGACGCUCCUCCUCCGACUAUAGAAGAAGCGCCUACUAUGGUACCAAUUGAAGCACCAUCUCUGUCACCAGCAGCCGUUCCUCCUCCUUCGAUCCCUACCGAAUCUCCUGCUCCGGCAACAAUUGGCGCUACUUCUCCGGUCCCCGAUAGCGGUGGUUCUCCGGCACCAACUACAGCUUAA